AUGACAACUUCGCCUUUACGCCCUCUGCCUCAGUUGCUUCCUGCUCCUCCAGGCGCAUGCAGACGGCCGACCACACAGCCCAAGAAGCCACAAGUCUCUGCUGCGUGCAAUAAUUGCCGGGCCCAAUCACGUCAAGUGAAGCGCGAAUACGAGGAGAUGCGCGGAAAGCGCUCCGCCCAUGAAAAAUUGUUCGACAUGUUAAGAACAAUGUCUGAGACCGACUCCGCUGACGUUUUGCGUCGUAUCAGAGCGGGCGGCAACGUGCAAGAUAUACUAAACCAGAUCAACGAUGGCAACCUUCUGAUGCAACUCUCUCUUUUUCCUGAGCGACGGCGUGGAUAUGAACUCCCUUACCGUGUGGAAAUUCCUGCUUUCAUUCGGACUGGUAACAAUCUGUACCUGGAAUCUGUCGUCUAUGAGAACGCGUCCACGACCUCGGAGCCAGUUCCGCUAGCAGAUGUGAAAGAGAGUGCCAUGAACAUAUAUAUGAUGCCUUAUUCAUCAGCAGUGAUGGCGGAUCCUCUACUAUCUCGGGUAACAACAGCCAAGUGGACGAACGUCAUAAUUAAUAACACCCUGUUGAGACAGCUCCUCGGCGCUUAUUUCAUGUACCAGCACCCAAGCUAUGUUUACCUGCACAAAGACCUGUUCCUUCAAGAUAUGUUAAUGCCAUACUCGCGGCCGGCUGCCAUUGUUCAAGCUAUUCACGACAGCACUCAGUUCUGGAAUCCACACACACUUGGCUACCUUUUUCUCGCCGAAACGAAGAGGCUGUGGGAGUUGGAAGUUUCAGAGUCGCUCUCGCUUACUACUGUAGAGGCCGCGCUUAUACUCCAGAUCGUUAUGAAUGAAAACGGCCUGGACCGAGUCGGCCUGUCUUACAUGCUGCAGGCCCUACUCAUCGCAAAAGAGAUUGACCUAUUUCAGAAGCCAAAAUGGUCCGCCAAUGAAGAGUUGACGAAGGCGCGUGCAGUCACAGCAUGGAGGUUCUUCAACUGGCAAAGCAUGUAUUGCUACUACUUCUUCCGAACGUCUUUCCUCGACAGACCACCAAAUAUCGCACUACCGGACCCAAUGAAAUACCCAGAGUGGUACGGUGAAUUCUGGCUGCGCUAUCCUAAUUCACAAAUACUGGAGUCUAUUCACUUAGGCUGCGAAUUUGGAGCCAGGUCAGCGUUACGUGUAUUCAUCAUGGACAUGUCGAUAGCACUGUAUGGAACACCAGAGCGUAAAGCCAUCUUGACUCUCGACCAAAUUCUCGGUUUUUAUUUUCGAUUGGAUGCGUGGUUUACAAGCCUUCCGGACUCGCUUAGACCCCAGAAGGUUGUAUAUCCGACACAAUUGGAGCUCCACUUCGAAGUUCACAAUACGUUCAGUGUGUGGAUACAAGUCUUUGUCGGCAACCUAGCCGUCGAAGCCCUCAAAUAUGCGAGAAUAGACGGCAGCGGGGAUUCCACUAUGAUCGAUGUGCAUCGGUCGACGCUUGUCCUCUGUGCACUAGGUUUGCAUAGCCAAGGCCUUAGCUACCAGCUUGGUAAACUCUCAUUCCGAGCUCUGCAAGUUUGCAUGGCACCAGAAGAUUUACAAUUGGUUCGCACCUACUGUACACCUGGUGAAGAGGCAGAACAGUCAUUGCUGCUGCAACACACCCAAAGUCUAUGGCCCCUACCGAUCACGAACAUCAACGAUAAUCCUGACACUGCGCUGUUGAACGGCUUCUUGAGAGAAUAUCAGGAUCUGGAUCUUGACACCGACGGCAAGUCGCGCAGCAGUAACGUAUCUGGAGGAAUGUGA